AUGACACAAAACUACGCUCACGGUUUUUGGGAAAUUGGCUUGUAUAAGAACAAUGUUCGUAGAAUAAAGGAUGGGAUAGAUCAGUUGGAAGAUUACACCAAGAUGCUUAAGGAGCGUGCCGAGUUAGAAGCCAAAUACUCAAAGUCUCUAACACUAUUUUCAGAAAAAUGGAGAGGUUUCGCUUCAAAUCAUCUGAUGAAUGGAAGUGUGCAAACAGCCUGGCUGGGAGUAGUGUCACACGCGGAUACUCUGUCACAAGCUCACGAUGAUUUGAGGAAACGUUUGAAUGAAGAGAUCACAAAAAAAAUUAUGAGUUUUCGCAAGGAAAACUAUCAUUUCUCUGCUUUUCGAGCACCCAAAGAGUGUCGAGAAAUAGAGGAUGAGUUUGAAAAAGCUCAGCGGCAAUGGAAGAAGCUGUUCGAUCGGAUGGACAAUGCGAAGAAAAACUUUCACAUUGCUUGCAGUUCGGAAAGAACAGCCCUCAUUGCUCAUCAAAAUGCAAAAGCAGAUACCUCUAUCUCGCCAGAUACAGCUCAAAAGUUUUCAGAAAGACUUAAGAGGUGUGAAGAAGAAACAAAAAAAUUGAAAGAAGAAUAUGAAAAAACAUUGAAAGAACUAACACAAUACAGGACUCCUUAUGUGGAAAACAUGACAUUCGUUUUUGAGAAAUGCCAGAAACUGGAGCUCGACAGAUGCAUCUUUCUUUUAGAACAAAUGAGAGAAACUCAGAAGGCUUUUGUCGAUCUGUUGAAUAACGAGAAAAUACAUGAUCAGCAGCAGGAUUUGGAAAACGUUCUUCAAACGCUGAACAAAGCAUCUCUGGACAAGGAUCUGGAUGAAUGGUCGAAGAACUAUGGCGUUCACACAUCAACAACUUGGCCUGAAUUUGAAACGUUCUGUCCUGAAAUAAGAAAUAUUUCGGGUAAAGCAGGUAACAAAAAGUGUGAAGGGGUUAUCCUCACUAAGCAAUCAAUCAAAUACGAUGACAAUCCUAUAACGAAUUCAUUGGAACAUACAAGAUUGGAAAAUAACACAGAAAAUAUUCGUAUAGAGACAACUCAACCUAAGACAAUCGAGAAGAAGAAUGAAGAUAAUGACAAAGAAGCUUCAGCAGAAAGUUAUAAUAUAACAACAACUACCGAACUUGAACAAUCAAGAGCUAAUGCUACUACUGCUAUUGCUUUGUAUGACUACAAUCCUGUCGAACCGGAUGAAAUUCAUUUGAUCAAAGAUGAAAUAAUUGAAUUAACAUCUACUCCUGACAGCCUCGGAUGGUGUGCUGGUCGGAAGAAGGAUGGAGAGUCUGGUUUCUUCCCCUUCAGUUACGUAAAAACCCUGUAA